AUGUCGAAACAGGCUGGAUCGAUGAGAUCGGAAGCUUUGGUUGGCUCCUUUCAAGAUCUGGCAAAACAGUCUGAUUUAUCGUACGGCACAGUGAGAGACUCGUCUGUCUAUGAGUACUUCCAGGCAAAGGGGACCAACCCCCUGGAGCAGGACAGCACGUACGCUGAACUUUGGAGAACAAUCAGUAAAAACAACGGGGCAGACAACUGUGUGUCAGCUACUAACGAAGGCAUCAGGAAGAUAAAGACAGGAACAUAUGCUUUCCUGUGGGAUAUGGCUGUGGUGGAAUAUACAGCAUUGACAGACGAUGACUGUUCCCUGACAGUGGUUGGGAACAGUAUUAGCAGUAAAGGGUAUGGGAUUGCAUUGCAACAUGGCAGUCCCUAUAGAGACCUCUUCUCCCAGAGGAUCCUCGAAAUGCAAGACAGUGGUGACCUGGAUGUCUUCAAGCAGAAAUGGUGGCCAAAGAUGGGACGAUGUAACCUGAAGGGCCACACUAAUGGCCAGCCCGAUGGGCGAGCGUUGAAACUCCAGAGCUUUGCUGGGGUUUUCUGUAUCCUAGCCGCAGGCCUGCUACUCGCCUGUUUGGUGGCAGCUCUGGAGAUUUGGUGGAACAGCAACCGAUGCCAGCAAGAAUCACCCAAGGAGGACAAGGAGGUGAAUCUGGAGCAGGUUCACCGUCGGAUGAACAGCCUGAUGGACGAUGAUAUGGCCCAUAAGCAGAUCUCUGCAGCAUCGAUCGAAAUCUCGGCACUGGACAUUGGCAGCAUGCAGACCAGCCAGAGUUUAGAGCCAGCACGGGAUUACCAGAACACCCAGAUCUCAGUCAGCACUUUUUUACCAGAACAAACUCAUGCCACAAGUAGGAAGCUCUCUUCCUUGGCCAGCACCAACCUGUCUCUGCCUCUCAGCAGCUCUGCCACACUGCCCUCGAUACAGUGCAAACAUCGAUCACCAAAUGGAGGACUCUUCCGCCAAAGCCCACUGAAAACCCCCAUCCCCAUGUCAUUCCAGGCUGCUCCAAGCCCUGGGGGGCUCCCUGAAUCCAUGGAGCCUUCCCAUGGAACCUCCAUUUAAUUUCAAACGCCGCAUGGCAACAUUUUUAAUAUAAAAAAUUUACAAAAA